AUGGAGCCUCCGAUCGAGCACUCGGUUAAACUCAUAGGACCGAACCGGUGGGCACUCGGACAUAACUUUGUUUGCGAGCGUGCCCAAGGGGAUGUCCAAGACGCGCUAGCAGUAUGGGAGAUCAAGGGAGAGGCCUACCACGUUCGGAAAGGAGAUUUUGAAGCAGAAUGGAAGGCAGGCUCGAUUUUAGAACCUUUCCAUCGUGCGGUAGGCCCGAGCGCGCUCCAUUUACUGGGCGAAAAUAUGGUCUGCAAGAUUGUGUCCAUGAUUCCGAAUCAGCCAUCUGAGAUGGACAUAAAGCGGUUUGUUCGGCAGAUCGAGCCCGACAUUCCGAUACCCGAUGAUUAUUUUUACCAAUUCGACGAGGAGUGGGAACGGGCGUUCUUCAUCAUGGAGAGGAUUCCCGGACCUACGUUGGCGGAAGUAUGGAAUGACAUAUCGCUUGCACAAAUGGAUCAGUUGGUGACAGAACUCCUGGGUCACGUACAGAAAAUGCUAGAACAUACAGCUCCUUUACUCUCAUCGCCAGGUGGGUAUGGGGUAUGCGACGGAUGGUUGAUGGGACCCCACCCCGAACAGGAGGGGCUGCCGCAUUGGAAGCCUAUAAUUGCGUACCCGGUUUGUACUGCCAAGCAGCUUAGGUGUCAUCUUGAAAAGAUUGAUUUUGCCAAGAAAAAUCUAACGUGGGAUCCUGCGUGGCAGCGCGACAACACGAUCUUCAACUUUGGCCACUCCGACCUUACCCCUACGAAUAUCAUAGUGGCCGACACGAUAGCGUCCAAAGAGCACCGCGGUCCCCGGAUCAAGUCCAUCCUAGACUGGGAGUGUGGAGGCUAUUAUCCGCUCUGGUGGCUAUGGUAUAAGCCAUCGUUCUGCUGGACUAUGGACGUCCCGAAAUUGCCAAGGCCCUAUCCGCGUGAUAAGCAUCCCUGGAUGUUUCGCAGCACGAUGGCCGGAUGCUUGAAAUUAUGGACCGAUUUUGACGAAUCAGAAAGAAUAGUAAGGGAGCAAGAAAAUGCUCUAGCUGCAGCCCGGGAGGAGGAGAAGUCUUCAGAUCCGUCAGACCCGGAAGCGUUGCCGGAUAUCGGGUCCCUUCAAUGCUAG